GUGAAGGAAGAAUUCAUCUUCACUAAGUAUACCACGGUAUAAAAACACUGUUCCCGUAAAGUACUAAUACCACAGUAUACACAUAAUCUGUUAUAGUAAAACUACUCAUACCACAGAAUAAAAAACACUAUAUACAUAAAACGAAACACUCCCCUCUAAAAUAAUAAGGUUCGUAAAACAUAACAUAGUAAUGUUUAAAGCUAAAUAUCCAUGAAAAACAGCAUAUUUCAGGGAGGAACUCUAUUUACGAACUUCUCAUUAAGUUAGUGUGCGUAUGUGCGCACCGGUUCCUGUCCGUGCAGGAGGAUGAGCAUCUCUCCCCGUGUUACUCUUUGGCUGUUUACCGCAGCUCCGUCUUAAACUAUCCGUGCUGGAGGAUGAGCAUCUCUCCCCGUGUUACUCUUUGGCUGUUUACCGCAGCUCCGUCUUAAACUAUCCGUGCUGGAGGAUGAGCAUCUCUCCCCGUGUUACUCUUUGGCUGUUUACCGCAGCUCCGUCUUAAACUAUCCGUGCUGGAGGAUGAGCAUCUCUCCCCGUGUUACUCUUUGGCUGUUUACCGCAGGUCCGUCUUAAACUAUCCAUGCUGGAGGAUGAGCAUCUCUCCCCGUGUUACUCUUUGGCUGUUUACCGCAGGUCCGUCUUAAACUAUCCGUGCCGGAGGAUGAGCAUCUCUCCCCGUGUUACUCUUUGGCUGUUUACCGCAGGUCCGUCUUAAACUAUCCGUGCCGGAGGAUGAGCAUCUCUCCCCGUGUUACUCUUUGGCUGUUUACCGCAGGUCCGUCUUAAACUAUCCGUGCCGGAGGAUGAGCAUCUCUCCCCGUGUUACUCUUUGGCUGUUUACCGCAGCUCCGUCUUAAACUAUCCGUGCUGGAGGAUGAGCAUCUCUCCCCGUGUUACUCUUUGGCUGUUUACCGCAGCUCCGUCUUAAACUAUCCGUGCCGGAGGAUGAGCAUCUCUCCCCGUGUUACUCUUUGGCUGUUUACCGCAGGUCCGUCUUAAACUAUCCGUGCUGGAGGAUGAGCAUCUCUCCCCGUGUUACUCUUUGGCUGUUUACCGCAGCUCCGUCUUAAACUAUCCGUGCCGGAGGAUGAGCAUCUCUCCCCGUGUUACUCUUUGGCUGUUUACCGCAGGUCCGUCUUAAACUAUCCAUGCUGGAGGAUGAGCAUCUCUCCCCGUGUUACUCUUUGGCUGUUUACCGCAGGUCCGUCUUAAACUAUCCGUGCCGGAGGAUGAGCAUCUCUCCCCGUGUUACUCUUUGGCUGUUUACCGCAGGUCCGUCUUAAACUAUCCGUGCCGGAGGAUGAGCAUCUCUCCCCGUGUUACUCUUUGGCUGUUUACCGCAGGUCCGUCUUAAACUAUCCGUGCCGGAGGAUGAGCAUCUCUCCCCGUGUUACUCUUUGGCUGUUUACCGCAGCUCCGUCUUAAACUAUCCGUGCUGGAGGAUGAGCAUCUCUCCCCGUGUUACUCUUUGGCUGUUUACCGCAGCUCCGUCUUAAACUAUCCGUGCCGGAGGAUGAGCAUCUCUCCCCGUGUUACUCUUUGGCUGUUUACCGCAGGUCCGUCUUAAACUAUCCGUGCUGGAGGAUGAGCAUCUCUCCCCGUGUUACUCUUUGGCUGUUUACCGCAGCUCCGUCUUAAACUAUCCGUGCCGGAGGAUGAGCAUCUCUCCCCGUGUUACUCUUUGGUUGUUUACCGCAGGUCCGUCUUAAACUAUCCGUGCUGGAGGAUGAGUAUCUCUCCCCGUGUUACUCUUUGGCUGUUUACCGCAGGUCCGUCUUAAACUAUCCGUGCUGGAGGAUGAGUAUCUCUCCCCGUGUUACUCUUUGGCUGUUUACCGCAGCUCCGUCUUAAACUAUCCGUGCUGGAGGAUGAGUAUCUCUCCCCGUGUUACUCUUUGGCUGUUUACCGCAGCUCCGUCUUAAACUAUCCGUGCCGGAGGAUGAGCAUCUCUCCCCGUGUUACUCUUUGGCUGUUUACCGCAGCUCCGUCUUAAACUAUCCGUGCUGGAGGAUGAGUAUCUCUCCCCGUGUUACUCUUUGGCUGUUUACCGCAGGUCCGUCUUAAACUAUCCGUGCCGGAGGAUGAGCAUCUCUCCCCGUGUUACUCUUUGGCUGUUUACCGCAGCUUGGGUCCGAAGUUCAGAUCGGAAACCGGAAGCUUUCGUUCAACCGGCUUUAAACUUCAGCAGCGAGUUGUUAUAGUUGCACAUAUCUUUAUAAAUAUAUGUUAACAUAUAUUUAUAACAUAUAUGUUGUAAAGCAAAGCCGACUUUGAGCAGGUAGAUCCUGCUGACGUCUCGGCGAACGUUCUCACGAUGGCAAAUCCUUUGAGGGCCGAAGUGGUUCGACUCUACAAAAACCUGCUGCACCUCGGGCGCGAGUACCCUAAAGGAGGCGACUACUUCAGGGACCGCCUGAGAGCGGCGUUCACCAAGAACAAAGGCGUGCGGGAGCCGCAGCAGAUCCGGGCGCUGAUUGGUCGAGGGGAGCACGUGUCCCGGGAGCUGGAGGCGCUCUACUACCUGAGGAAGUACCGCGCCAUGAAGAAGCGCUACUACGAGGAGUAGCCCCGCCCCUACGAGGAGCAGCCCCGCCCCUACGAGGAGGAGCAGCCCCGCCCCUACGAGGAGCAGCCCCGCCCCUACGAGGAGUAGCCCCGCCCCUACGAGGAGGAGCAGCCCCGCCCCUACGAGGAGUAGCCCCGCCCCUACGAGGAGCAGCCCCGCCCCUACGAGGAGCAGCCCCGCCCCUACGAGGAGCAGCCCCGCCCCACGACGGCUCAUCAAUAACACGAUCGAUUCGGAGAAAGAGACAAAUGUGUUUAUUUUAAAUUCAUACAACAAAUAACAGCAGCAGGUUUAAUUGUUUCGUUCCCAAAAGAUCAAAUG